GUGCUGUGCCACUUCCAGGCUUCAGCUCAUCCCACAAACGCACCGCAUACCUGUUUGUCCACGACUCAGUAACCUGCCCGAGCAACCUUAUAUAGCCCCGGCUGGAUCUCGAUUAGCUCGACCACCACGCGACUUUCACAUAUGCUGUAACCUCGAUCUGCUGUAUGCCAGUUGAGAAAUAAAGUCUUUGCCCGUACGUUGCUAUAGGGUUUAGAUAGCCUUACCGCACUCGACCCAUCAUCAUCAUCGACAAUGAUCAGUGCGUUUGUCCUUCUGCUCUGUUCACUCUCUGCUUUCAUCUCUUACCAGACAUGGCACAUACUCGUGCGCCGGCAUAAGUCUUAUCAGGACGGCUGUGAACCGCCGACACGCCUUCCUGGAAUUGACCCAAUCUUUGGCUUGGACUUCUUCUUCGAAUCACUCAGACUGCAGAGAUCUGACAGAAUACUGGCAACCAUCAAUUCUCGCUUUCAGAAAUAUGGGCGGACAUACGAGCUACGAGCUCUUGGCUCUCCAGUCAUUUUCACUAUCGAGCCCGAAAAUGCCAGGGCUGUCUUCUCUACAAAUGAAAACCACUGGGGAGUGGCGCCCCUGAGAGCCAGUGCUAUGACAUUCCUGGGUCGUGGUAUUAUCACGGUCGAUGGAGACGAGUGGAAGAGAGCCCGGAAUCUAGUCAAGCCCAACUUCACCAAGUCAAAUGUCAUGAACUUCGCCCCGAUAGAGUCUCGUUUGACCGAAUUGUUCGAAAACAUCCAAAGUGGCCAGCAAAUUGACUUGCAAUCUUCUUUCCUGCGGCUCUAUAUGGAUUUCGGCGCCGAAUGGGUCUUUGACGAGACGUUUUCGCACGCAGACAUGAAAGUGUUCGAGGCCGACUUCGACAACUGUCUAUCAGGGUCAGGAUUACGCCUCGCAUUGGGCCCUUUUGCAUUCCUCGUCCCAAAGACCAACUGGCUGAAAAGUAGAGACGUUGUACGGUCUCUUGCAAACAAAUACAUCGAGCAAGCUCUCUGUUCCAUCUCUCCGGAGAAGUCACAGACACAGGGCCGUCUCUCAUUUCCGCGCUACCUCGCCGACAAAGCCAUCAGCCGACCCGAAGCAAUCGACCAGGUCCUCAACCUCUCAAUCGCAAACAUGGCCACCACAGCCAUCCACCUCAGCAACUGCCUCUUCAUCCUCUCCCGCAGACCAGACAUCUGGCAGCUCCUCCAGGCCGAAGUCGCCGCCCUGCCCAACUUCACCUUCGACUCCCUGCGCACCCUCAAAGCAAUGCGAAAUCUCCUCCUCGAAGCCCUCCGCUUAUACCCCAUCUUCCCCAAUCUCUCCCGCGUCGCCCUGUGCGACACCACCCUACCCACCGGCGGCGGGCCCCUCGGCACAUCCCCCAUUUUCGUCCCAGCCGGCACAAAGAUCGUGCCCUCGCAAAUGUCCAUGGGUCGCGACGAGCGCAUCUGGGGUCCCGACGCCGCCCAAGUCCGCCUGGAUCGCUGGGACGAGGGCGACCUGGAGCGUCGCGCGUGGCACUUUAUGCCCUUCGGCUACGGCACGCGCGCGUGUCUGGGCCAGCAGAAGUCGAAUAUGGAGGUGUCGUAUAUCCUUGCGCGGAUGGUGACAAGGUUUGAACGGAUAGAGAGUAGAGAUGCGCGAGAGUGGGUGGGCCGGAUGCGGGUGACGACGCGGAAUGCGAACGGCUGCUUGGUGGCGCUGUAUAAAAAGGAGGGCGUGGGAGAUGCGGCCGUGGCGGAUGCGUGAUGUUUGAUUGUGCACGUUCGGGGGGAGAGUCAGGGGCAGCUAGGCACAACACCCUGUUGUAGUCGAUAUGAUUUUUGUCAGAUAUCUCCAUUUCAAUGAAUGACGUUAACG